AGAGCACCCCAUAUAACUCGAGAUAUCCACCUCGAACCCACCACCACUCCAUCUCGCUCGCGGUCGUCUCCUUUCCUCUGAUCCCUUUCUCUCCUCUGCUCAUCCUUUCUCUUUCGUUUCGCCAGAUUCGAUUAGUCGAUCGAUCGGCCCGCUUUACAACAGCAGAGGAGUGGAUCGAUUAGGAUAACAUUUCCACUGCAACCACAUCUGGUUAGUAGCGAUGAGGGAGGAGGAGGAGGAGGAAGAGAACAACUGGUUCGCUCGCUGGGAGGAGCAGCUGCCGUCGCCCGAGGAGCUCAUGCCACUCUCCCAGACCCUCAUCACCCCAGAGCUCGCCCUCGCCUUCGACAUCACCGCCGCCGGCGCCGCCAAUGGCAAUCUCAACCCCGCCCUCUUUCCCCAGCCGCCGGCCCCGCCCCAGCCCGCCGCUUGCUCCCACCCGGCCCCGCCUCUCUCCUCCGAUUUCGAGUCCUCCGCCUCGGCCGCCGCCGGAAGCGGCGGGGGCGACGAGCCGGCGCGGACCCUCAAGCGGCCGCGCCUCGUCUGGACGCCGCAGCUUCACAAACGGUUCGUGGACGCCGUGGCCCACCUUGGUAUCAAGAACGCCGUCCCCAAGACCAUAAUGCAGCUGAUGAGCGUGGACGGGCUCACCCGCGAGAACGUGGCCAGCCACCUCCAGAAGUACCGCCUCUACCUCAAGCGCAUGCAGGGCCUCAGCACCUCUGGCGGCGGCCCGAUUUCCGCCGCCGACGCCGCCACCGACCAGCUCUUCGCCAGCGCCCCCGUGCCACACCAGUUCCUCAGCCGCGGGCCGGCCGCGGGUCCCGAGCCGUUCCUGCCGUACGUGCCGACGGCAGCGCUGCAGCACCAGCAGCAGAUCACGGCGGCCAUGCAGCAACAGCAGCAUCAGCAGCAGUACUACCACCAGAGGCAUCUGGGGCAUUUCGGAUCGUCAACGGGUGGGUUCGACCACGGAUUCCUGAAUCGGGGAAUGCCGCAACCAGCGAUGCAUCAGAUGGUAGGACCGGCCCCGGGGACGGGGUUUCUGCAGUUGACACCGCCACCGGCCGCUCUAUCCGUGGACGAUUUGGAGCCUGCCAGAAGAGAAGACGGCGGUGAGAGGAAGGUGCUGACGCUUUUUCCCGACCGAUGAGGUCUGAGAAUUAUGCUUAGGAGCAGAGAAAGAAAGGAGAACAAUAAUGUGGUCAUUAGGACACACUUGAAUCAAAGGAAACCAAGUCCUCAGGCUUCUGAAAUCUAUUGAUCUCGCUUUAGUGAUCAGUGGAUAUUAGUUUCUGCAACUCUGGAUUCAACUCUCCCUGGUUGCCUGGGUUUAGUGCUUAUUCAUUUGCAAGAUUUGGAAUUAAGCCAUGGUGUAUUGCAGAUGAUGAACAGAUCAUAGAAGCUUUGUUUGUGCCUUUUGAGUAUCAUUGGAUGCAAGGAAUGAGUUGGGAGAUUAUUAGUUCAUGGAUACCCCAAUUGCAUGUGUGUCCGUCUGAGUGAAAAGCCUCUGUUUCUUUCAAGGGAAUUCAUUGCAUAAGAGACUAUAGAUGUUUCUGUCCAACAUUUUUAUUUUUCCCUCUCUAGCAUUGGUAUGUAGGUGAACUUUAGUAAUUUAGCGACAAGUCGAUGAAUGCGUUCUCUUUCGGUCGGUUCUUCUUGUAUAUUUCAUUACCUAAAAAUUGUGUUCUAUGUCAAUGAGAUAUUCCAUGACACCAUCUGGUUGUCAUCUGAAUCUUGAGCAUAUAUUGAUGUUUUUUGAAAGCUGCACUUGUAUAAUGUGGAAAUUCUAAAGAUCACCAGCUAAUCUUCUAUUA